UGGGGUACUCGAACUCGGACUCGGACUCGAGUCCGGACUCGAGUCCAAUUUUGAAUGAACUCGGACUUGUCACGCACUCGGGUGAAUUUGUACUCGGACUUGACACGGACUUGAACAUUUUGGACUCGGAAAAUAUUCCGAGUACAGUCGAGUCCGCGUCAUGUGUAACAAUAAAACCAGCAUAAAAUUGAGAUGAGAAAUUAAUUAAUGUUCCCGUUUGUCAUUUUACUGCCACCACACCGGCAGGCAGCAGUAGCAUCAUCUUAUGCUUGCAGACGAAACACACACAUCACUCACUGGAUAUCAAUCUGUGGCUAGGACGAUGUCUUCAAAGUCAGCAAUAAUUUGUUUUGCUUACGAAAAUCAUAAAGAAUUUAUUUGCAAGACAUCCGGUAAAAAGAAGCACUCUGCGGAUUGCAAAUUUUGCAAAACAACUCUUACUGAUGUUUCUGGCACGACUUCUACCGACAUGUUCAGAGAAAACAUAAAGAAAGAAUAAGAGAGUACCAAAGACAGCAGCAGCAACCAACAGACCAACAGCCCAGCAUUGCAGGAUUUGCAAGACCAGAAUUGACCAAACAAGCAGUGCAACUUUAUGAUGCAAGUUCUCCAAGACAACAAGAAAUUCAUAAUGCCAUCAUUAAGGAUCUCCUCAUUGGCUGCACUUUACCUCUGUCAAUUGUUGAAAAUCAGCAUUUCAGGCAUUUCUUGAAAGUAAUGGACAACAAAUACACUCCCAUUGCAAGAAAAACAAUCACUGAAAAACACAUUCCUUUGUUGGUUGAUCAGGUGAAAGAUUCAAUUAAAAGGAAGCUCCAGACCCAAUCAUCUGUGUCCAUAACUGCUGACAUAUGGUCUGAUCAAACCAUGCGGUCCUUCUUCGGUGUUACUGCCCAUGGAUUAAACCAAGAUGGAAAUCAGCUGGAGUCCUUUCUUUUAGACUGUAGGCGGUUUUGUGGCAGACACAGUGGAGACAACAUAGCCAUGGCAUUUGACGAGAUCAUUGAUGAAUAUAACAUAGCAAGUAAAGUCAGGUACAUUAUUACUGAUAAUGCAGUCAAUAUGAAGUGUGCAUUCAAAGUCAAGCUACCACAGGAAGAGCAGCACAGUGAUGGCAGUGAUGCAGAAGAGGAAAACUUAGAUGAUGAGAGUCUUUGGGAGGAUGUGACCUGGGAAGACGAGACUAUCAUGGUGAGAACAAGACAAAGGCUGUCAUGUUUUGCACAUUCUCUGCAAUUAGUUGUACAUGAUGGAAUGAAAGAAGCCAAGGCCUUUUCUUCAGCACUUACCAAAAUGUCAAAAUUAACCUCAUUACUUCACACAAGUACUACAUUUAAAGAACGAUUUGAGGCUAAAUUUGGGACAGAUAGAUCAAUUCCUGCAGCUACAUCCACACGCUGGAACAGUACAUUCAAGCAGCUACAGGCCCUUACAGCACUUGACCAUAGGGAUCUCACACAAAUUUGCAGUUCAGACUUUCAACAUGUUCUUUUUUCAGUUCGUGAAUGGAAUCAACUGAAGAAUUUAGGUUCUGUUCUCUUUCCUUUUGCGGAAGCAACAGACCUUACAGAGGGUGAGAAAAUGGUCACUAUUAGUAUGGUGGUCCCCACUGUACUUGAUUUAAACACUCAUCUGCUCCAAAUAUCAGAGUCACAAAGUCAUUGCCGGCCUCUAGCCACAUCCCUUCGGCAAUCACUUUUAAAGAGAUUCUCUGGGAUCUUUGUGAGAACCAAAAUGGUUGAGCAAAAUGGGAAAGAGGACCAGUUCAACCAUAAUGUCUAUUUCUUGGCAACAAUGCUUGAUCCUCAGUUUGGCCUGAACUGGGUUGAUCUAGAUGUAACCAACAAUGAGAGUCCAGAUUCGGUGAAGAAAUUCAGAGAGGAUCUGAAAAGAACACUUAUAGAUUCUUUGACUGCAGAAGUUGAGGCCACAGCAGAUGGAGACAUGCUGCAUUCUGGAGGUGAUGUUGAUGAAACCUCAGAUUCUCCUCCUGGCAAAUGCCCACGACUUCUAGCUCGCUAUCGAGCUCACAAGCACCUGAGUCACUCAGCUAAGGAUGCAUGCAUUUCAGCUCAGAUACACAAGUACUUUGAUGCCAUUCAAAACACAGACACAAAUACAGCACUUGAAUUUUGGUCGACAAACAGGGAGAAAUUCCCACAGCUUUACUCUCUGGUUGUAAAAGUGCUGUCUAUUCCAGCAUCCUCUGCACCAGUAGAGCGUGUCUUUAGCAAAGGUGGCCUCAUCGUGAGACCACAUCGUGCACGCUUAACUCAUAAAAUGGUCACAGCGCUUGUAUUUUUGAAAAGCAAUAUGGCCCUGGUUUAGUGCUUGACUGUGCACUAUAGUACUGUACAUUUCAUGUUCAGUGUUCAUUACAACUCAUGUUACAAGACCAGAGAGCUGUGUUCAGAAAGGAGUUUGUUGUUGAUUAAGCACCGUAAUAAAGCUUUAAGUUUGUUGUUAUGACUAGCUGAUAGAUUUAAACUCUAGUCUGAGUAUUUCCUCAGCCUAUUUAAAUGUGGGGGAGAGGCAUUAAAUAAUUGAAAUGUCAGCUUUAACUGGAGGAUAAUAUAUUGUGAUACAAUAAUAAAACGGGUUCAUUUGUAUUUUCAUGCACUUGUAAUACAAUAAAAGUUCUACAUAUAACCUUCUUUUCUUUGAAACCUUUUUUGAUAGGAAACUAGUUCUGUUGACAUAAAAUAAAAAUGUUCAAUGGCAAUGACAA